AAAUACAGUAAAUUUCUCGGUAAUUUACGAGAACAGACGUGAUCUAAAUAAAUCUAAAGCUGGAUGGUUGUUAAGUUAAAUUACAUAGAUGUUAUAAUAGAAAAAGAUACCUUACUUGAGUUGAGAUGUCAGAAAAGGGUUCUAGAACAGGAACCCCUAAUACAAAGAGGGGUUCUAAAGCUAGCACACCAAAAGGAUCAAAAGCAGGAACUCCAAAAGGAUCUAAAAGUAACACACCCCUACCAUCAUUAGAGUCUGCAGUUUCAGCAGCCAAUGGAUUGGCAGAGCAUGAUGACACAGCAGGAGGGGCAUCCAAUGGAACAUUACAGCCAGAAGGAGAUUUAUCUGUAGCUGUAAAUGGAACAGGAGACCUCGUAGAACAGACAGAACCAGAACCUCCUAAAGAUAUGGGACCAUCUGUGCUUUCCCUGAUUAAAAUGAGAAUAAAUGUGACAGGCCUGUCAGAAAACAUGUGGAAAGAACUCCAUGAAGAUGCUAUAAACAAUUUUAUUGAAGAACCAGGACUCAGAUUUAUGGUAGCUUUCAUUGACCAGUAUAAAGGAUUCAUUAUUGAGUAUUCAUUGCCUGCAUACUAUGUUGACCAGAUGACCUACUUCAUCAAAGCUGAUGGAGUUAAGGAAGUGACAACAGAAAACUUUCAUCACAUCUUUCAGUAUGGAACAGUUAAAGGACAACAUAUUGAAAGUCUACUCAGACUUAUGAUGGGAAUCUAUGCUCCAGCUUUCUUUGAAAAUACAACAUGGCCAGACAGUAUAAAAAAUGAUUUCUCAGCACAGCUACACAAAUUUUUGGCCAACUUGACAGACACACGAUGGAAGUUAGAGGGUAAAACAGUUCUGUAUAUUCCAUCUGAGGGACUGAGACUUAGAUCAGAGGGUGCUGCCAAAAACAAAGAUCUGGUACAAAGACUAGAAACUGCAAUGAUCCACUGGGCCAGACAAAUCAAAGAAGUAUUAACUACCCAGGAUGCAUUUGAAAUGGCUGAGAAUUCUGGUCCUCUAGAUGAGAUACAGUUUUGGAAGAACAGAUGUUCCGAUUUGACUGGUAUCAGCACACAGUUAGAUAAAGCAGGGGUUAAAAAGAUCACAGAAAUACUAACCUGUGCUAAAUCAUCAUAUGUAGCCCCAUUCCUUAAAUUAUCAGGAGAAAUUAAGGAAGGAUCACGACAAGCAGAGAGUAAUUUGAAGUUUUUGUUGGUGCUGAAAGAUCCUUGUUAUGAAUUGUCAGAGGCCAAACCUAAAGACAUCCCAGCCAUGUUACCAAAAAUACUCAACAUGAUCAGAAUGAUCUGGGUUAACUCAGAGUUUUAUAAAAGUAGAGAAAGGUUGACUGGUAUUCUGAAAAAGAUGAGCAAUGAGAUAAUCAGAAGAUGUUGUCGUGAAAUAAACUUGGACAGGAUAUUUGAUGGUUAUGUACAGACAGGUCUGCAGUCACUUCGUGAUUGUAUCGAGUGCUGUGAACACUGGAAGGAGAUUUAUGAUAAAACUGCUAAACUUCAUCACAAGUUUUCCCCAGAUGGAUGGGUAUUGGACAAAAGCAGUAUUUUUGCACAGAUAGAUGCCUUUGUACAGAGAUGUAAAGAUUUGAUUGAGAUCUGUGAUGCUCAGAUCCACUUUGCCAGAAGACAGGACGGAUCUAAGACAGAAAUGCCACAUUUUGCUGGACAAAAAGGUCCUGAGGUUGCCAGGAGCUUACUAGAAAUUGAAGCUGUUUUUGAAAAGAAUUUAAGUCAGUUGAGGGCUGUGAAAAAGACCAUCUUAGAUGUCAAAGCUACAUCUUGGCAUGAUGAUUACAACAGAUUCCGAGGUGGUGUAAAAGAUCUAGAAGUGAUGAUGCAGAAUAUAAUAACCUCAGCAUUUGAUACUGUGACCACUGUAGAUGCUGGAGUAGAGCUACUAGAUAUCUUCAUGCAUCUGGCUUCAAGAGAGGCAAUCAGAAGAACAAUUGACAAGAAAACAGUGGAUGUCUUCUCCAUGUUUAAUGAAGAACUGAAUGCUGUGAAGAAAGAAUUGACACACAAAACUCAACCACAAUCACCUAAUCAUCCUAAAUAUUCCGGACAGGGCUUAUGGGCCAGACAGUUAAAAAGAAGGAUUGAAAGGGGCAUGAUGGCAUUAGAUAGAGCCCACUUUUUGCCAUCCAUUGGUAUAGGACAGGAAGUCAGGAACCAAUACCAACAGCUCUGUCAGGCCUUGGAUGAAUACAUCAGAAAAACAUUCCAUGAAUGGACACUCACAGUCGAUAAAGAGCCAAUGAAACAGUUGGAAGUUCCAUUAAUGUGUAGAAGUCAUGAGAGACCACCUAUGUUGGACAUCAACUUUAAUAGGAAUCUGUUAAAGAUGUUCCAAGAAAUCCAUUACUGGGAGAGACUGAUGUUUGAGAUACCUCAUUAUGCAGUAGAUGUCUACAACAAAAGGGAAGAUCUCAGAGGGCUUAGGGAACAUGUGUUGUUGGUUGUUAGAGAUUAUAACAGAAUCAUAGCAGCCUUAUCCUUGGAAGAGAGAGGAAUGUUCAGAGAAAGAAUCCGAUUCCUUGACAAAAAGAUUCACCCCGGACUGACCAAACUGACGUGGGCCUCUAAGGGUAUCAGUGAUUACUUUAUAACCGACUGUCGUAUCAAUGCCAGUAAGAUCCAGCUGAUGGUGGAUGAUUAUAAGGGAGCUAACAUGGAUAUAUCAGGAUACUGUGUUAAGAUCAGUGAACAGUUACUCAUCAGUAUUGACAGCAGGAAAGUCUAUGAAAAUCUAGAAUUUGACGAUGAACAGGCUAAACAUAGAGAAAUUUCAGCCAAAAACUUAGCUAAAUUCCAUGAAGAGCUUGUCAGAACAAUGAAGAAGACUUAUGAAAUAUUCAGAACGGAUGGAAAUGAGGUACAACAACACUGGCACAGAUAUACAGAAAGGAUGGACAAAAUGGUGGAGGAAGCUUUCAGACUUAAUGUUAAAUGGUCAUUACAAGAACUCUCUAAAGCUGUCAAUGGGGAUGGCAAAUCUGCUCCUAAUCCUCUCUUCAGGGUCAAGGUCAUUCUUCAGGGAGACCAAGUUGAGUUCCAGCCCACACUGAAACAAUUAGCCAACAUUGUAAGCAGUAUCUAUGGACAUCUAACAAAAUCAAUUUCAAACAUAAAUAGACUUCCAAACUUAUUGACAAAGAAAAAAUCUACCAAAGAUCCAAUCCAUGAAGUAAUAGCUAGAGAUGAGGAGACAAAGAAGAUUCAUGGUGUAAUUAAUGGUGGAAUGUCAGCCAAUGCUACCAACUUGAAGAACUAUCUGGCUACCUGGGAUAAUUACAGAGAAAUCUGGGAAAUCAACAAAGACAUGUUUAUAAGACGUUACCAGAAACUUAAUCCACAAGUCUCAUCAUUUGAUGCUGAUAUUGCUAGAUAUGAUGAAGUAGCAAACAACGUCCAGACACAAGAGACUAUACUGAACAUUCAGUUUGUACUACUUGACUGUUCUCCUCUGAAGUACUCUAUUCUGAGUCAUUGUCAGGAAUGGCAGAACAAAUUUACAACAUUACUCAAACAAAUAGCAACUGAUGGUCUGAAGGAAUUAAAUGCUUUCCUCAAGGAAAAUGGUGAAAAUGUGAGUAAGAUUCCACAGACACUGGAUGAAUUGGGUAACAGUCUAAAUCUUUGGGAGAAGUUGAGCACUGGAUUAUGUGAAACAGAAGCCAAGUUCCCACCUCUGCAGGAUCAGUUUAACAUCUUAGAGAAAUAUGAAGUCCCUGUGGAAGAGGAGGUAUUGGCCAUGUUGAACGAGCUGAGUAAUGAAUGGCAUGUAUUCCAACAGAAACUUAUAGAUGCUGAGACCAUGCUGAAGAAGAACAAAGAACGGUUUAAGACAGGAUUAUUGGCACAGUCAGAAGAGUUUAAGAAACAGGUUCAUAAUUUGGUGGAUGAAUUUACAACUAAAGGACCAUUCACUAGUAACAUUAGUACUGAAGAAGCUGUGUCUAACAUUCAGGCUAUCAGAGAACAAUUAAAUACACUGAAGAAACAAGAACAAGAUAUCAGGAAGGGACUUAAUAUCUUCAAGAUUGAUCAACCUCCAUCUAAGGAAGUUGCUAACUUGGAGAAGGACUUGGAGCACAUUGAACAAAUUUGGUCCCUGAACAAAGAAUGGGAAGGCUUGUGGGCAGAUUGGAAAGUCAGCAAAUUUGAGGAAAUCAAAACAGAAACAAUGGAAUCCACUGCUCAAUCCAUGUACAAGAAACUGAACAGAUUUAGCAAAGAACUUAAGGAUAAAAACUGGGAAGUUGUAGAAUCCAGUAAGAACCGUGUAGACCAAUUCAAACGUACCAUGCCAUUAGUGGUAGAUCUGAAGAACCCAGCCAUGAGACCCAGACAUUGGGAGAAGAUACAGACUGAGAUGCAAAAAGAGUUUAACCACAAGGAAGCAGAUUUCACAUUGGAGAAGAUUAUUGAGUUUGGAUUUGAUCAGUUUGCUGAUACUAUCACUGAUGUAUCUGGUGCCGCGACCAAGGAAUUGGCUAUUGAAUUGGGACUUAAAGCUAUUGAUGAGUUAUGGAAUAUGACAGACCUUGAAAUUGUACCUUACAAAGACAAAGGACAUUUCAAACUUGUGAGCAUUGAUAACAUCUUCACAGCAUUGGAUGAUAAUCAAGUUCAAUUGUCCACCAUGAAAGCUUCUAGAUUUGUCAAAGCUUUUGAACAGGAUGUAGACAAAUGGGAGAAAACUCUGUCUCAGAUAUUGGAAGUUGUAGAGACUUUGUUGCAAGUACAGAAACAAUGGAUGUAUUUAGAGAAUAUCUUUUUGGGAGAGGACAUCCGUAAGCAGUUACCUAGAGAAUCAGCUGAUUUUGAUGAUGUGAAUGCCAAAUGGAAGGUUAUAAUGACCAGAAUGCACAAAGAAAAGAAUGCCCUACGCUGUACUCAUCAUGAAGGAGUAUUAGAAGCUCUGAGUGAGAUGAACUUGAAACUUGAAGACAUUCAGAAGUCUCUGGACACGUACCUUGAGACAAAGAGAGGAAUAUUUCCUAGGUUCUAUUUCCUGUCUAAUGAUGACUUAUUGGAAAUCCUGGGUAAUUCCAAACAACCUAUGUUGGUUCAGCCUCAUCUAAAGAAAUGCUUUGACAACAUCAAAUCUUUGGAUAUGUCAAAAGUGCAUGGAAUGCAAUGGCAGGCAACAGCUAUGAAAUCUGGUGAUGAUGAGAAGAUUGAGUUCCUGACUGCAGUGCCUCUAGAUGGACAAGUGGAGAACUGGCUAGGUGAUGUUGAGAGAGCUAUGGUGAAUACAUUGAUAGAAAAACUGACAGUGACUAAAUCUGCACUGAAAAAAUCCAAGAGAGAUAAAUGGUUGAAAGAUUUCCCUGGUCAGACUUGUAUCACUUCUAGCCAGAUUCAGUGGACAGCUGAUACCAUCAAGGCUCUUAAACAGACCCGGGACAGGGGAGAUAAGAAGGCUCUUAAGUCCAUGAAGAAAAAACAGGUUGGCAUGUUGAACAAGUAUUCUGAGAUGACUCGUACUAACCUCAGUAAGAUGCAGAGACUUAAGGUGACAGCCAUAGUAACUAUAGAAGUUCAUCAGAGAGAUAUCACAGAGAAGUUAGUCAAACAAGGAUGUUCUGAUGAGAAUGCUUUUGAAUGGCUCAGUCAACUCAGAUUCUACAUGGAAAGGGACCACCAAAAAGAUAUCUGUAUGAUCAGGCAGACAAAUACAGAAUUCCGUUAUGGUUACGAGUACCUGGGUAACUCUGGACGUCUGGUCAUCACACCAUUGACUGACCGUUGCUACAUCACACUGACCACUGCACUACAUCUCCACAGAGGAGGAAGUCCUAAGGGUCCAGCAGGUACAGGAAAGACUGAGACUGUCAAGGAUUUGGGUAAAGGAUUGGGAAUGUAUGUCAUUGUAGUCAACUGUUCAGAAGGUCUAGACUUCAGGUCCAUGGGAAGAAUGUUCUCAGGUUUGGCCCAGACUGGAGCCUGGGGAUGUUUUGAUGAGUUUAAUCGUAUCAAUAUUGAAGUAUUGUCAGUAGUAGCCCAGCAGAUUCUAUCCAUCCUUAGUGCCUUGGCUGCAGGGACAGAUAGAUUUGCUUUUGAAGGAAGAGAGAUUGACCUGACUCACACUUGUGGAAUCUUUAUUACCAUGAAUCCAGGUUAUGCUGGACGUACAGAACUACCAGAUAAUUUGAAGUCUAUGUUCAGACCUAUAGCUAUGGUAACACCAGACUCUAUGUUGAUUUCUGAGAUCACACUGUUUGGAGAAGGUUUUGGUAACUGUAAAGCUCUGGCUAAGAAGACUUACACCCUUUACUCUCUGGCUGAACAGCAGUUGUCUAAACAAGAUCAUUAUGACUUUGGUCUCAGAGCUUUAGUGUCUGUACUACGUUAUGCAGGAAAAAAGAAGAGAAACAGCCCUAACUUAUCAGAUGAAGAGGUUUUACUGGCCUCUAUGAAAGACAUGAACCUGGCAAAGAUGACUUCAGCAGAUUUACCAUUAAUUAAUGGUAUCAUGUCAGAUUUGUUCCCAGGAAUAGAAACUCCAGUGGCAGACUAUGCUAAGAUGAAAGCAGCAAUUUCAAAGGAGCUUGAAAUUAAGGGACUUCAGGUGAACCAACAGACCUUCAACAAGACAAUACAGUUGUAUGAGACCAAGACCUCUCGUCACUCUGUCAUGAUUGUAGGUGGAACUCAAGCUGGUAAAUCUGUGUCCUGGCAAACACUUCAGGCAGCUAUGACCAGACUUAAUAAAGAGGGAGAUCCAAACUUCCAAAUAGUCAAGGUAUUUCCUCUGAAUCCAAAAUCCUUAUCACUAGGAGAACUGUAUGGAGAAUUUGAUCUUAACACAAAUGAAUGGACAGAUGGUGUAUUGUCCAGUGUGGUUAGAAAUGCCUGUAAUGAUGACAAACUAGAUGAGAGAUGGAUUUUAUUUGAUGGCCCUGUAGAUACCCUCUGGAUUGAGAGUAUGAACUCUGUGAUGGACGAUAAUAAGAUUCUGACUCUGAUUAAUGGAGAGAGAAUCUCACUUCCUGAACAAGUGUCCUUGCUGUUUGAAGUAGGAGAUUUAUCAGUUGCCUCCCCUGCCACUGUAUCUAGAUGUGGUAUGGUGUAUGCUGAUUAUUCUGAUCUUAAAUGGCAACCCUAUGUUGAGAGCUGGCUUGCCAAAAAGAAGGAAAAGCAAAUGGUAGAAGAAUUAAGAAGACUGUUUGAGAAAUUCCUUGUAAAGAUUUUAGAGUUUAAGAGAUUACAUUGUACAGAGCUUGUACCAAUAGCUCAGUUAAACGGUGUCAAAUCUUUGUGUAACUUGUUUGAUGCUCUGGCAACACCAGAUAACGGAGUUGAUCCUAUUGACCAAGAAAAUUACGUCCGAAUGAUUGAAUACUGGUUCCAGUUUUGUAUGAUUUGGUCCAUCUGUAGUUCUGUUGACGAGGAGGGUCGUAAGAGAAUUGACAAUUAUAUCCGUGAGACAGAAGGAACUUUCCCCAAUAAGGACACAAUCUAUGAAUACUUUGUUGAUCCUAAAAAUAAGAGUUGGGUUCACUGGGAGGAGAAACUUAAAACUGGAUGGAAAUAUGUUCCUGGAACUCCUUUCUUCCGAUUGAUUGUACCAACAGUAGACACAGUAAGGUACCAGUUUCUUGUGUCAUCUUUGAUUAAAUCAUUCAAUCCAGUAUUAUUGGUAGGACCAGUUGGAACAGGGAAGACUUCUAUAGCAAACAACACUCUAUCUAAGGUGGAUUCUAAAUCCUAUGGUGUUCUCACUGUGAACAUGUCUGCUCAGACCACAUCCAACCAAGUACAAGAAAUAAUAGAGAGUAGAGUAGAGAAGAGAACUAAGGGAGUGUAUGUACCAAUCGGUGGCAAGAAACUUCUUACAUUCAUGGAUGAUUUUAACAUGCCAGCCAAGGAUACGUUUGGAUCACAGCCUCCUUUGGAGUUGAUGAAGUUGUGGUUAGAUUAUGGGUUCUGGUAUGACAGAGAGAAACAAACACAGAAAGAAAUCAGGGAUAUGUUUUUAAUAGCAUCAAUGGGUCCCCCUGGUGGUGGACGUAUGGUCAUCUCUCCACGUCUUCAGAGCAGAUUCAAUUUGAUAAACAUGACAUUCCCACAUGAAUCUCAGAUAAAGAGAAUUUUUGGUAGUAUGAUCAACCAGAAAUUACAAGACUUUGAGGAAGAAGUGAAGCCAAUAGGAGAUAUUGUUACUACUGCUACUAUUGAAUUGUAUACUGCUGUAGUCAGCAAGUUCUUACCUACUCCAACCAAGAUACAUUAUCUCUUUAACUUGAGAGAUAUCUCUAAGGUAUUCCAGGGACUGUUGAGAGCCCACAAAGAUUUCCAUGAUACAAAACAAGCUAUAACAAGACUCUGGAUACAUGAAUGUUUCAGAGUGUUUUCUGAUCGUUUGGUGGAUGAAAAGGACACAGAGAAUUUCAUUGGAAUAAUGACAGAUAAACUAGGCUCCUUAUUUGACCAGACUUAUCAUAAUAUAUGUCCCAACAAGAUCCCACCUAUAUUUGGUGAUUACAUGAGUUUAGACCUUGUCUAUGAAGAUAUAACUGAUGUCAACAAACUAAAGAAACACAUGGUAGACUUGUUAGAGGAAUACAAUGGUUCACCUGGUGUAGUCCACAUGGAUCUGGUACUCUUCAAAGAUGCCAUAGAACAUGUAUCAAAGAUAGUUCGUGUAAUCAGACAGCCUCGUGGUAACAUGUUAUUGAUUGGUAUUGGAGGCAGUGGUAGACAGAGUUUGACCAGGUUAUCAUCGUACAUGUGUGAGAUGGCAACGUUCCAGAUUGAAGUUACUAAACAUUAUCGUAAAGCAGAAUUCAGAGAUGAUCUGAAGAGACUAUACUGGCAGGCUGGAGUUGACAACAAAGCAACUGUAUUUAUCUUUAAUGACACUCAAGUGGUAGAGGAAGGAUUCUUAGAGGAUGUCAACAACAUCCUUAGUAGUGGAGAGGUUCCUAACCUCUAUAAGGCUGAUGAGUUUGAGGAGGUGCGAAAUGCUCUGAUUGACUCGGCCAAGAAAGAAGGUAUUGACGAAAGCCCUCAGAGCAUAUUUGCAUACUUGGUCGAUAGAGUUCGAGCCAACCUCCAUGUUGUGCUGUGUAUGAGUCCAGUUGGAGAACCAUUCAGAAACCGUAUUCGUAUGUACCCAGCCUUUGUGAAUUGUACAACAAUAGAUUGGUUCAGUGAAUGGCCAGCAGAUGCUUUACUGGAAGUAGCAGAUAAAUAUUUAAUGGAAGUUCAGAUCGGAGGUGAUGAUGAGGAUAAGUUGAAACCUUGUUUGGCCCAGAUGUUCUCUACUAUGCACAAAUCAGUGUCAGAAUUCUCCAGAAAGAUGUUGAUAGAAAUGAAACGACACAACUAUGUUACACCUACUAACUACCUAGAACUUGUCAGUGGUUAUAAAAAACUUCUAAAUGAUAAGAAGAAGGAAUUAGGAGACCAAGCAAACAAGCUACGCAAUGGAUUGAGUAAGAUUGAUGAAACAAGAGAGAAAGUAAAGAACAUGACUGUAGAGUUAGAGGAAGCUAAGGUUAAAGUUGUACAGUUCCAGAAACAAUGUGAUGAAUAUCUAGUGGUCAUUGUACAACAGAAACGGGAUGCUGACGAGCAACAAAAGUCAGUAGCACAGAAGAGUGAGAGAAUUGGUGAAGAAGAAGUUAAAUGUCAACACAUGGCUGACUUAGCUCAACAUGAUCUGGAUGAAGCUUUGCCAGCUCUACAGGAAGCUAUAUUGGCUCUGGAAUCACUGAACAAGAAAGAUAUGACAGAAAUCAAGUCAUAUGCUAAACCUCCUGGACUAGUAGAGAAAGUGUUGGAAGCUGUCAUGAUCCUCAGGGGCAAUGAGCCUACCUGGUUAGAGGCCAAGAAACAACUUGGUGACCAGAAUUUCAUUAAACAGUUGAUGAACUUUGAUAAGGAUAAUAUUACUGAUCGUAUUCUGAAGAAGAUUGGAACAUAUUGUACUCAGUCUGACUUUCAACCAGAAGUGGUUGGCCGUGUCUCAACAGCUGCUAAAUCCCUGUGUAUGUGGGUCAGAGCUAUGGAAGUGUACGGCAGAAUCUAUAGGGUAGUGGAGCCAAAGAAACAAAGACUGCAUGCUGCUCAAGGUCAAUUGAAGGAGAAACAAGAUGCUCUCAGUGAAGCUAAAGCUAAACUAGCUGAAGUAGAGGCUAAAAUGGCACAGCUGAAGAAGGAAUAUGAUGAGAAGUUAGCACAGAAGGAAGAACUAAAACGUAAAGCUGAAUAUACAGAGAUGAUGUUAGAUAGAGCUGGAAAACUUGUAGAGGGACUGGCUGGGGAAAGAAUCAGAUGGGAGGAAACUGUUAAGCAAUUAGAAUUAAGAAUGGGUUUCUUACCAGGAGACUGUCUUAUUGCAGCAGCUUUUAUGUCCUAUAUGGGACCAUUCUUAUCAGAGUACAGAGAUCAGAUGGUUCAGAAGAUAUGGUUGGCUGAGAUUGUUAAACUAGGCAUCCCAACAGAUCCAUCAUUUGACUUCUGUGAGUUUAUGGCCAAACCUACCAGUGUACGAGAAUGGAACAUUCAAGGAUUACCUAAUGACAGCUUUUCUACAGAAAAUGGUGUAAUUGUAACAUCAGCAAGUAGAUGGCCCCUCAUGGUUGAUCCCCAGGGACAGGCCAUUAAGUGGAUUAAGAGCAUGGAGUCAUCCAGAGGUUUGAAGGUAGUAGAUUUACAACAGUCUGACUACAUGAGGACUAUGGAAUCAGCUAUACAAUUUGGUCUGCCUGUGUUGUUACAAAACGUACAGGAAAAACUGGACCCUUCAUUGGAUCCUAUCCUCAAUAAAUCAUUGAUUAAAAUAGGUGGUGCUUACAUGAUUAGGUUGGGAGACAAGGAGAUAGAGUAUAAUCCUGAAUUCAAGUUUUACAUAACAACAAAACUUAGUAACCCACAUUACACACCUGAAAUCUCUACCAAGACAACCAUUGUAAACUUUGCUGUCAAGGAGCAGGGUCUUGAGGCCCAAAUGUUGGGUAUUGUUGUAAAGAAAGAAAGAGCUGAGUUAGAAGAACAGAAAGAUCAGCUUGUGAAAAGUAUUGCCAGUGGAAAGAAAAAGUUAGAAGAAUGUGAAGAUGAAAUUCUCAGACUUUUGAAUGAGACAAAAGGAUCUCUAUUGGAUGAUGAACAACUGGUCAACACACUACAGCUGUCUAAAAUCACUUCACAGGAAGUAUCAGAAAAACUACAGAUUUCAGAACAAAAUGAAGUGAAGAUUGAUGCAGCUAGAGAAGGCUACAGACCGUCUGCUGAGAGAGCCUCUAUUUUAUUCUUUGUGUUAAAUGACAUGGGACGUAUUGACCCUAUGUACCAGUUCUCACUGGAUGCCUAUAUUGAACUGUUCUUAUUAUCCAUUGACAAAAGUCAGAAGAGUUCUAAACUGGAGGAGAGAAUCAACAAUUUGAAUGAAUAUCAUACAUAUGCUGUGUACAAAUAUGCAUGUAGAGGUCUGUUUGAGAGACACAAGUUACUAUUUUCCUUCCAAAUGUGUGUGAAGAUUUUAGAGAAUGCCAAUAAGAUUAACACAGAUGAAUACAGCUUCUUCCUGAGAGGGGGUGUGGUAAUGGAUAGAGAGAACCAAAUGGAUAAUCCCUGUGCUACCUGGUUAGGUGACACAGCUUGGGAUAACAUAACAGAGCUAGACAAACUUACCAACUUCCAUGGAAUUAUAACAUCAUUUGAACAGUAUCCUAGAGACUGGAAUAUAUGGUAUACAUCUUCUGAACCAGAAACAUCUCCACUUCCAAGUGAAUGGGACAAUGCUUGUAAUGAGUUACAGAGAAUGUUAAUCGUACGAUCACUCCGUCCAGAUCGUGUGUCUUUCUGUGCCACUUCAUUCAUAAUAAACAAUCUUGGGUCAAAGUUUACUGAGCCACCUGUCCUAGAUAUGGCCCAGGUAGUAGAAGAUUCCACCACCAAGACACCACUGAUCUUUGUUUUGUCACCGGGAGUGGAUCCAACAAGCCAACUUCUCCAAUUAGCAGAAGCUAAAGGUUUGGCUCAGAAAUUCCAUGCCUUGUCUCUCGGUCAAGGUCAGGCACCUAUUGCUACAAGGAUGAUUAAGGAAGGUAUCAGAGAGGGUAAUUGGGUAUUUUUGGCUAACUGUCACUUGUCUUUGAGUUGGAUGCCACAGUUAGAUAAGUUAGUAGAACAGUUACAGAUACAGAAGCCUGAGCCUCACCCAGAGUUCAGGUUAUGGUUAAGUAGUAGUCCUCAUCCAGAUUUCCCUAUAGCUAUUCUACAGACUGGUCUUAAAAUGACAACAGAACCACCUAAGGGACUGAAAGCAAAUAUGAAACGUUUAUACAACUUGGUAACAGAACAGCAGUUUGUAAGAUGUCCAAAACAAGACAAAUACAAAAAACUUCUGUUUUCUUUAUGUUUCUUCCAUUCUGUAUUGUUGGAGAGAAAGAAGUUUUUGAUGUUAGGAUGGAAUAUUGCCUAUGAGUUCAAUGAUGCAGAUUUUGAGGUAUCUGAAAACCUGUUGAGUAUUUAUCUUGAUGGCUACGAUGAAACACCAUGGGAAGCUCUGAAAUAUCUCAUCGCUGGAAUAAACUAUGGGGGUCAUGUGACAGACGAUUUUGAUAGACGUUUACUUACUACCUAUAUUAAUGAGUAUUUCCAUGAUGGCGUACUGCAAUCUGCCUUCUUCAAAGAAUCUGGACAAAUUUACCAUAACUACAGAUUAUCAUGUUUGCCAACUUAUUACAUACCUAAAGAUGGCCCCUUGUCAUCUUACAAGGAGUAUGUGAGUAUGUUACCUAAUGUGGACCAUCCUGAAGCCUUUGGACAACAUCCUAAUGCUGACAUAACAUCACAGAUUCAGGAGACAAGAUUGAUGUUUGAUACUUUACUUGGUUUACAGCCACAAGUGUCUGCCACUUCAGGUGGAGAAAGUCGAGAAGAUAAGGUAUUAGACCUUGCAGCAAACAUCUAUAAACAAAUACCAGAAAAUAUUGAUUAUGAUGGAACAGCUAAAAUCUUAGCACUGGAUCCCUGUCCAUUAAAUGUUGUGCUGUUACAAGAGAUUGAAAGAUAUAAUGCAUUGAUGAAGGAGAUUAGAGAAAGACUGGUUGAUCUAGAGAAAGGUAUACAAGGUUUGGUUGUCAUGACAAUGGAGUUGGAGAACAUAUUCCAGUGUAUAUUUGAUGGCAGAGUUCCUCCAACUUGGCUGAAGGCCUACCCAUCAAUGAAGCCUUUAGCGUCCUGGACCAGAGAUUUAGUAGCCAGAGUAGAACAGCUUGCCAAGUGGGCCGUGACAGCCCAUCCUCCAACCAUUUUCUGGAUGUCUGGCUUUACCUUCCCUACUGGUUUCCUGACUGCUGUCCUACAAACAUCUGCUAGACAAAAUAAUGUGUCUAUUGACACUCUAUCCUGGGAGUUCAGUGUUAUGACUGUAGGAGACGAGAACAUAGUUGGUCCACCAAAGGAUGGUGUUUACAUCAAAGGUUUAUUCCUACAAGGAGCCGGCUGGGAUAUUAAGAAUUCUUGUUUGGUAGAAGCUAAGCCUAUGGAGUUAGUCUGCCAGAUGCCAACAAUACAUUUCAAACCAGUAGAAAACAAGAAAAAGGCUGCUAAAGGUAUGUACAAUGCCCCCUGUUACUACUACCCUAACAGAGCUGGAUCGGCUGGCAGAGCAUCGUUUAUUGUAGCAGUGGAACUGAAGAGUGGAGAGAAGAAUGCUGAUCACUGGGUUAAAAGAGGAACAGCUCUAUUGAUGAGUUUGGACUAUUAAUUCUUUAUGAAAACAGAAAGAACAAAGAAAACAUUGACUUGUUGAUAAUGACUUAGUUUUUUUUAUUUGACAAAAAAAAAAUUGCAUAUAACUUUUUGAUUUGUUUUACUUAUUUUUUGUCCAGAUGUAAGAAUUUAUUAUAGUUGAAAAUUAUCAAUUAUAUUGACAUUGAAGUGCUGUGUAAGAUGUUAUUGUGAUAUCUUCUACUUUAGUUGUCAUGUGCUUUCAGAUUAUUAUAGCAAGAAGAAUAUACUGAAACAAUUUAAAAAAAUUAAUGCAUGCACAUUGUAUAUCAUAUCUUUUCAAAAUAAUCAUAUUUAAGAAAGAAAAAAAACACAGCUUUUUGUUUAAUACUUAAGUGCCAUUGCUGCAUAAUAAUAUGUUUUUAAUGAAGUAAAUAGGAUAUUAAUUUCAGAACAUUGAUUCAUUUUCCACAAAAUGAAAGAGUGUCCAAUUUACCAAUCAUGUUGUUUGAACUAACUCCUAUACUUUGUUGUUAAAAUUGAAUUUUUAUUUUAACUUUUUUAAAGGUUAAUAAAAGUUAUUUAAAAAGGAGCAUAAAAUAUCAUAGAAAAACAAUGAUCUAUACAUAAUCUACAGAUAUAUCCUUUCUCUUCCUAUUCCAAGUAACAUAUUGAUUAUUAUUGUUAACUGAACAAGCUGUUCACUGUGAUAUUUUUUUCAAAUUAGGUACAAGUAAAUCAUUCCGUCCAAUAUAAGAUAUUUGUUUAUAUUAUUUAAAUCCAAAACUACCGGUUUAU